GUCACAUCUUUGAGUCCAUCGAUGGCUACAAUCGCUACCAGUUAUCCCAAAUCCAUCCGAAGACUCGAUGAAAGUGUGGUCUCGAGGAUCAAUGCCGGCGAAGUCAUCCACAGACCCGUCAAUGUUGUCAAAGAGUUGAUUGAAAACAGUCUGGACGCCAACUCCACUACCGUUGAGAUCACUGUCAAAGACGGAGGAAUGAAAUCGAUUGUCAUUCAAGACAAUGGAUGCGGUAUUCGAAAAGAAGACUUAGAGAUAGUGUGCGAGAGAUUCACGACAUCUAAACUCCGAGAAUUUGAUGACUUACUGGAGAUCCAGACCUACGGUUUCAGAGGCGAGGCGUUGGCGGCCAUCAGUCAUAUCUCGUUCGUGACGAUCGUAACGAAGACAUCGGAACAGAUGUGUGGAUAUAAACUACAAUUCACUGACGGAAAGCCCAAAGGAAAAGCCGUUCCGAUGGCCGCAAACAACGGAACCGUUAUUACUGUCGAUAAUCUCUUUCAUAAUUUAUCGCAGAGAAAGAAUGCAUUGAAUUCCUAUUCACACGAAUAUAAUCUGAUUCUCGAUGUGAUCACUAAAUAUGCGAUCAAUAACUCAAACAAAUCCUCGUUUUCUCUCAAAAAGUUUGGCGAAAAUUAUGAUUUGAAUACUAAUAUUGAAAACACAAUCAUUGAAAACAUUAGAGGACUUUAUGGACCAAACAUUGCCAACAAUUUGGUUGAGCUCUCAUUCGAGGACUUAAAUGGUCUCAAGUUUUCAAUGUCUGGCUUUAGUUCCAAUCAAACUCUUCAUCAAAAGAAUUUCGUAUUUAUUUUAUUCAUUAACAACCGAUUGGUUGAAUGUCCGGCGCUUAAGAAAGCGGUUGAUUUGGUUUACAGUAAUUAUCUGCUUAAGAGUUGUCAUCCAUUUGUGUAUUUGAACGUUAAGAUUGACUCGAAGAACAUCGACGUCAACGUUCAUCCGACCAAAAAUGAAGUCCAUUUCCUUCACGAACAAGAGAUCUGUGAAAAAGUGGUUCAAAUCGUUGAAAGCAAACUCACAGAUGGAAGAGAAACGCGUCGUUUGAAUACAGAGUCGAGUCCUCUUAUAAAUACAGUAUUUAAUCAGAUCUCCAACCCAUCGAUUGGUGAGAGUCCUAAUCAAAAGUCAUCGCAAAGCAGUUCCACAUCGAAAGAAGGCAACCAAACAAAUAGUGAUAGGAGUUAUAAAGCGCCGAACAAAGAGACCACUCCUCGGAGACCAGACAAACAAAUCCGAACCGAUAGUAAAGACCGCAAAAUUUAUGAAUACUUAUUGAACGCUAAGAAAGUGGACAAAAACAGGAGAGAUAUGAAUUUGACGAGUGUUUCAGCUCUGAGACGAACUGUCGCUGAAGAGAGCGAUAAUCGUCUUCAAGACAUUAUCUGUAAGUCAACAUACGUUGGAUGCGCUGACGAGACGUUUGUUUUGUUUCAAUUUGAAACACAACUCCUAUUAGUGAACGGAUAUAAUCUGAAUGUAGAGCUCUUUUAUCAGCUCUUUCUCGUCGAUUUCAGCAAUUUUCAGAGAAUUAAAUUUUCCAAACCAUUACUUAUCGCGGAUUUAGUGAACGUUUAUUUAGAGGAAGACGUCGGCAAAACUCAACCGUCUGCCGACUGUCAGAGCAGUCAAACAUUGAGCGCAACAGAAAUCGAGACAAUUCUUAUGUCAAAGAGUGAAAUGCUUUCCGAUUACUUCUCAAUAGAUAUCAGUUCUGAAAAGGAAUUGAAAAGUUUGCCCAUAAUAUUGGAUGGAUUUGUUCCCAAUUAUGCAUUUCUCCCACAACUGGUCUAUUCUUUGGCCAAAGAUGUCAAUUGGAAUCAAGAGAAGGAAUGCUUCGAAAGUAUUGGCAAAGUUUUGGCCAAUUUCUACGCAAAGCCUCCCAACAAAUUCACUAAUAAUUUAGAGCAUCAAAAGUGGGCCAAAACUGUUGAAACA